GAGAGAAAGAGAUACUUUGAUAUUUCGGAAUGUAAGGAGGGUGAAUGUGGAGAACUGGAGGUUGGGGAUCUAAUUACCGGGCCAUAAUUGGGGGCUGGGGAAUAGGGUUGCCGUCCUCUCAACUCGCUGCAGAUCAAUUAUGUUAAGAGAACAUCUCUUCUAGGAUGAGCUGGAGUGUGCUGCUGACUGGGGACCUGGUGGAGGGGCUUAAAUAGCAGAGCCGGGCUCCACUUCUAAACCAGUCAGACGGCGGUGGAGAGGAGUCCGGUACUGGAAGCUGGAGUUAAGGCAUCCACCGAAAAAAAACAAACACCGGACGUGAGGAAGUUGGACUCGUCUUGAACACCCCCUGUCUGCACCUCAAGGUAUACAAAUGCUUUCCGUCCAGCCGGACACGAAGCCAAAAGGCUGUGCCGGCUGCAACCGGAAGAUCAAGGACCGCUACCUGCUGAAGGCCCUCGACAAGUACUGGCACGAAGACUGCCUCAAAUGUGCCUGCUGCGACUGCAGGCUGGGCGAGGUGGGCUCCACGCUCUACACCAAAGCCAACCUCAUCCUCUGCCGGAGAGACUACCUACGGUUGUUUGGCGUAACGGGGAACUGCGCAGCCUGCAGCAAGCUAAUUCCAGCCUUCGAGAUGGUCAUGCGGGCCAAGGAGAACGUCUACCACCUGGACUGUUUCGCAUGCCAGCUCUGCAAUCAGAGGUUUUGUGUGGGAGACAAGUUUUUCCUGAAGAACAACAUGAUCCUGUGCCAGACGGACUACGAAGAGGGGCUAAUGAAGGAGGGCUACGCUCCCCAGGUUCGCUGACCCUCGCCAGGACGGAAAGGAGGACGGAGACAGGAGCCUGAUGGAAGACUGAUGGAGAGCUUGCAAUCACACAACAAAAAGCACUAUCCAGCUCCUGUCCCCCGCGUGUACAUAAUGAAGCCUUCCUUGGGUGGGGGGGUACUUGACUGUACAGAAUAGCCAUAGACACUGCAGGAUCGCAGGCCCCCGGAAUCUGGCUCCGCAUAUGGAAGAAAAUGAUGUUUUGGUUUUUUUUUUGUUGGUGACUGACGAAUGCUGCCGCUUUCCCUUUGGCAAACAAAACGCCGGCCUCAGAACAACCAAAAGCAAUUUGCCGGACGGAUAUUUAUACGGUCAUAUGACACGGACCGCAUAGUCCGGGGACUUGAAUCUAGAACACGCAGAGGUGGAACUGUUUGGGAAAGACGCCUUUUUAACUGAUGUUGGUGUAUCAAAUAAUAAUUAAUUUAAUGCCUGUGUGUGUGUGUGUGUGUGUGUGUUGAGUGUUUUUUUUUCAAUCAUGCGGUCUCAGUUUGAUUUUCAGAAUCCGUCGCAAAAUCUUUUUUCUAUGCUGAUUUCUGUUUUUUAACACAAGACGAUGAAACUGAUGCAGCGGAACUCGUUUAAGUUGACAUUUUACGUCGACCACCCAGUCCACCGUGGUGUUCUUAUUGCUUAAAAAAAAAAAAAAAAGUGCCCGCUUAAGUCGACAUACAUGGUCGACCAUUUUUUGUUGACCCAAAGGGAUCAUUUCUAUGUCAAAUCAGUCAUCAGUAACUUAACAUCAUCACCGCUGCCGUGUUCUAGCAGAAGCAGAUUAUAGUUUAUGUCGACAACCGCUUAUGUCGACAUGCAUCACCCCAGUUCCAUCGUAUAGAAAUACUGUGCAAAAGUCUUACGGCACUACUGUCCUUUUUAAAAGCGGUGACUUUGACAAAACAUUAAAAAAAAAAAAAGUGCCCGAAUAGAAUUAUGCAAAGAAUCGAAUACCGUUUUCCGCACAACUUGAUAAAGGUGGUGGACCGACAUUAUGUUAUAAAAAUAACAUUAUUUAAUUGGAACACACUUAAGACGGUCUACAUUGUUGUCAUUAUAGCAUUGCUAAUAAAACUAAUGGUGGCGUAUGGAUUUUGCAACACAUUUUAGCUAGCCAUAAAAAAAUUAAAAAACUUUAUGGUCAAGACCAGGGGUUUUCAAAGUACGGGACUACUCAUCAGAACAUAAAACGGUUCCUUUUUUUUCCCCUCAAAAGACAUAACUUAACAUUUAAAAUAGCUAGUAAAUAUUUCAUUCAUUUUCUAUACCGCUUAUCCUCACUAGUGUCGCAGCUAUGCUGGAGCCUAUCCCAGCUGUCUUCAGGCAAGAGGCAGGGGUAUACCCUGGACUGGUGGCUAGCCAAUCACAGGGCACAUAUAGACAAACAACCAUUCACACUCACAUUCAUACCUAUGGACAAUUUGGAGUCGCUAAUUAACCUAGCAUGUUUUUAAAAUGUGGGAGGAAACCGGAAUACCCGGAGAAAACCCACGAAUGCACAGGAAAAACAUGCAAGACCAGAGUGCCUCUCACCCAAAAUCAGCUGGUAUAGGCUCCAGCAUACCCACGCAACCCUGUCGAGGAUAAGCGGCAUAGAAAAUGGAUGGAUGGAGUACGAGAACCAUUCAGUCAGACUCUCGUCACUCAGCCUACGACAGGGGUCGGCAACCUUUAUUUGUUGCUUUUCUAUGCUUGACUUUCUUUGGAGAGAGAGGCAUUCUUUCAUUUUCUGAUACAUUUACAGUUAUACACAGUGUAAUAUUUGUGUUUUUUUCUGGACUACGUGAUUUCAUUCCUUUUAAAUACACGAUCAUGUACUUUUAGUAGUAUUUGACGUCUUCAAUUUGGGAUGCAGCACACAUUUUUUGAAUGAGGAGUGUAUUUAUGAAGUCGAAGUAGACAGGCUAGUUGUUGUAGCACAUGUACAGGUGUAUAAAAUUAUGUCGGGGAGGGGGGGGGGGUGGUUUGUACAUUAUUUAUUUGUUAAACGUGUGCAAGAUUUUGCAUUCUUUGAAUACUUGAAUGCAAUUCAUGACUGAUGCGAUAUCGCUCACAGCUAACGCCUCGUCAUCUGGAUCACGCCUCUUCUUCCUCUGCAAACUGUCAUGGAUUCUCCGCGUCCAAAUAUCAUUUGUAAAAUGUGGGUGUACAUAAAAGAAUAUUUCCUUUUGCUUGCUACUGUACAAUUAUUUCUUUUUACGUGUCAUCCAGCAUGAGAUGUUUAUUUUUAGGACAACGCUUGUAAAUACUGUAAUUGUAAUAAUUUUAAGCACAAAUGUAAUACAGUUUUAUUGUGUUA